AUGUGCCUCAAUGAAAACCCAAUCCCGCGCCGACACGGAGACAGCAACAAGGUUAGGGAGCAUAUCAUGCAUCGCAGACUCCUCUCCUCUUUUCGCGGGCUGGGUCACAGCGCUGACCACCAAGAUCUGCUCUCAACAACUCAAACGCCCCUCUGUGAUUUGGAUCAUGGCGCAACUAGAGCGUUAGAAGGAUGGCAAGGCGAACAGUAG